UGCAGUUCGCUCGCCAGCCAGCCCGUUCUUCCUCCUCCUGGGUUCAGACCCAGCUGGUGCCGGGAGGGAGCCUGAGCGGGCCGGCGAAGCGGCCGCCAUGGUGCUCGUCAAGGAAUAUCGCGUCAUUUUACCCGUCUCAGUGGAGGAGUAUCAAGUGGGGCAGCUGUACUCUGUGGCAGAAGCCAGCAAAAAUGAAACGGGUGGAGGAGAAGGGGUUGAAGUCCUGGUGAACGAACCCUAUGAGCGUGACGGAGAAUGUGGCCAGUAUACACACAAGAUUUACCACUUGCAGAGCAAAGUCCCCCCUUUUGUGAAAAUGAUAGCCCCAGAGGGAGCCCUGAAUAUCCAUGAGAAAGCAUGGAAUGCAUAUCCUUAUUGCCGAACGGUUAUUACAAAUGAGUACAUGAAAGACGACUUUUUAAUCAAAAUUGAAACCUGGCACAAAGCAGACCUCGGGACACAGGAGAAUGUACAUAAACUGGACCCCAAUGAAUGGAAGAACGUGGAAGCCGUCUAUAUAGACAUUGCAGACCGGAGUCAAGUGCUUACGAAGGAUUACAAGCUAGAAGAAGACCCUGCAAAAUUUAAAUCUAUCAAAACAGGCCGUGGCCCUUUGGGGCCCAACUGGAAGAAAGAGAUCCUCAAGUCAGACUGCCCGUACAUGUGUGCUUAUAAGCUAGUAACAGUCAAAUUCAAGUGGUGGGGGCUGCAGAACAAAGUCGAGAACUUUAUACAGAAGCAAGAAAGGCGACUUUUUACAAAUUUCCACCGGCAGCUAUUCUGCUGGCUUGAUAAAUGGGUUGACCUGACGAUGGAAGAUAUUCGCAGGAUGGAGGACGACACCAAGAGGCAGCUGGACGAGAUGAGAGAGAAGGAUCCCCUGAAAGGAACGUCGGCCGCUACAGAUGACUAGUGUGGAUUCCUCCUUGUGCUUAUUGCAAACGUCAGCAGGAAGGCCCAAGAAUUCUAUCUUCUUGACCGAUGGACCAUCUCUGGAUCAAGUUGUCCUCUAUCCAGUUGGCAGGCAACUUCCAGUCUCCCCUAGCUAACUCUAGUUGCCCCUUUAAUAUUGUGAGCAAAAUAGACAGUCGUUCGGUCCUGAGCACUCCAGCACUGGCUCCUGGGAAGGAGGCUGCGCCGUGGGGACAGCUGCACCCGUGACUUCACCUUCUUCUGCAGUGUUCAGACCCGUUUCUAUGUGGCCCUCUUUUGAUUUCUAUGUGACAUUUUUAGCUGAAAAUAGUUUUGUGACGUGAUUUAGAUUCCCUAUGUGUACAUAUCAUUUCCUUUUAAGCAUUUGGGAUAAACUCCGCUGCCUUUUGUUUUGUUUUGUUUCUCUCCAGCUCCUCAUCUUCCUUCAGUCAUUUUUAUGGAGAGGGGAACUCAGUAUUAGAGUUGCAAUGACUGCUGUUCCAUAGGAAUCCAGAAUGAUGUGCAGGGUUCUUGUUGUCCAGGUACAAGGUGGUGCUGCUACCGCAAGAGCUCUUGAAACGUGGGAGCGGGGGAGGGGGCUCCCUUACCGCUCGCCUCUAGUCUACCGCGCACCUGGCCAUUGCGGUUUUGGAGCCCCUGUUUGCUGCGUUGGGGUUGUUUCAACAGCAGAGUGACCCCUUAAAAUAGUUGUGAGAACUUUUGCUUUCUUGUCCUCUAUUACAGUUGAUAAGGAAAACGGACUUUCAUUGGACCACCAAAAAAAAAAAAUUGUGCAAGCCAAAUUCAGUUUUUUUCUUUAGGUCCUGCUCAGGUACCCAUGUGCUGCUCCGUAAGCAGUAAGAGGGCUGGCCCUGAGAGGGGGGGACAUUGUGGAAGGAGAUUCAUUUGCCUUUGCAGAGGAUUUCUAAAAAAUUAAAAAUCACAGGUUCUACUUACAAGAUGGCCAAGCUCUUUGCUGCUGGAAGCGUGUAGGCCUCCUGAAGACCAGACUCCACCUCUUCUUGUAUUUGUUUUAGACAAUCAGACAAGCAGAACGGAACCGAAAGAACUCUGCUUGGCUUGAUUCCGGAAGUGGGCAGUUGAAACCAACUAGUUGGGUCCCCGUGGUUUCCUGUGAGGCAGCAACUCUGCAAGUGGGCCUCCUUUCUCUCAAAAGCGAGCUGCGUCUCAGAGAGAGUAGUCACUCUCCACCCCUCCAUGGUGGGCUAUUACUGGUUCCACCUGCUAGGGAUUCUGAAAAGCCCAGAGUUGUGCGUGGGUAAAUCAGUGGGUGGGAAGGACUUGGUGUGAAUGUAGGUUAAAGCUCUGCUUUUGGAGGGGGGGGCCUGCUUUGGAGGAGGCAGUUUUUAUCCCUGUUCAUUCUUUUGCCUUACUGAUGACCAAGUGCAAUAAGCAGACUUUUCAGCAGAUGCUUUCUCGAUGACCAUGCGGGGCUUUUUUGUGUGUGCGUGAACAUUGAUUUUUAGGAGACUGAUCUGUUGGUGGUUUUUUUUCCUAAAAGAGAAGCCCUGUAGUCAAGGCAAAGCUGUUUUGGCCCAGGAAACAAGCAAAGGGUGCUCCUUAAUCCUUUUCCUCCAGAGCAAGUGAGCUGUCAGGCUAAUCUUCUUGUAAUGUGUGUAAAAUACUGAAGGAGAAAAAAAAAACCCUGGGGAUUAAAACAAAGAAGUAUAUAUUAUAUAUAUUUAUUGACUAAUGUAUUGUAAGAAGGAUUUCUGACGCUUGAGACUGUUUUCACAGCUGUUCUUACAAAACAGGGAGGCUUGCUUUCUGGUGACACUGUCUCCAUGGAAACAGACUGUGACAUUUUAAAGAAGUAGGAUGGGGGAAAAGAGAAAUCCAGAAAUAUUCUGGGUUAUGAAGGUACAAGCUCUUAUUUAAAAACUCAAAAGCUUUCCUGCAUUAGCAGUAAGAGCAAGAAGAAUGCAAAGACCUUCCGAUCUGUUAGUUCCUCCCCCCUCUGAGCUGCAUCUGAGCCCUUCCCUUCUCAUAGCUCCUGCUGCUGCUCAAGCGCUGUAUAAUGUUUUGCAUUGGCUUCACGAUCCAGAACCCCUCACCCCAGAGCUUCUGGGAAGGAGGGCGGGUCCUGUGCUCCUGUCUCCGCCUCUGUUAGCUCCGGGGCCAGGGAGAGGAGGAGGGGGGGAUGACGACUUGGUUCUGAAAUGCAUAUCCUUUGUCGCCUUGAUUAGCUGAUCUCCUUGUUUUUUUUUUUCAUGUGAGUUUGUGCCUUUCUGUCUCCUGACCUUCCAAUACUGGCCUAUUGGAAGCCACUCCAAUAAAAAAAUCAUAGAGCAAA